ACUGCGGUCAGACGUGUCCCUGGCCCAUGUGCAACAACACUCUUUAUUUUAGUAAUAAAGUGUCGGUUGCCCUGCAUAUUGAGUGAAGUAGCAUUAGUAAUUAUUUAUUACAUACUUGAUUUAUUUAGUUUAACUCUCGCGCUCAGUUGUUGAUACCGUUGCGUUUUGUGUCGAGUGCAUGAGUGAGUCAACUUGUAAAUUCUCGGCAAAAAUUAGAUACACUCACUUGUAAGUUGAACUAUCUAAAUUUAGAAAUCCACAGCAACCAAUUUUAAAUUCAUGAAUUCAUCAUGGGAGAACCGGAAGCCGGAAGUCGCCGUCGCCAGCGCCUAAGCCAAUCGCUAUCGGCUCUCGAACUGUCCAUGGUCGAGUUUGAAAAUGACGAAAAUCACGCCGCCAGAAAACCGGUCGCCCAUUUAGAUGCGACGUUGCCAUCGGAAAAACCGGCUUUGCACGUGCUCGGCGAUCUCUCGAGCUCGUUGUCACCUUCAGUUCGCACGCUCCAGUCAGUGGGCCAACAGUCGACCAGCGCUCGCAAAUCGUCACCUAUUCGAGCGUUCCUCACACCUCCCCUCAUGAGGAAACGCAAAGUACCCAGCAGCAAGCAUCUCCAUCACGAUGACGACAACGGGAGCGAUUCACGUCUGUCGCCUCAUCACACCAACACAGCCGGCAAUGUGUUGCCCAGCAGUCGCAGCAAGUCUUUCGGGUUUCUCAGUCUUCUCAAGUUCAAGUUUUCUGAUCGAAGUGGUCGUAGCAAGCAGCAGCCAGUCUUUCAGUCCAGCUCGUCUGUCUUGGCUGGGGAAGAAACGAUCUCGGACAAUUUGAGCUCUGCGACGACUUUUCCAUCCUUGUGUGUCGAUCAACCCUUCGCACUGUCACCCACGUUUCAAGAACGUGAACGAUGCGAGCAGCAGCGUAACACGAAAGCCCCCCUUGCCGAUCAGGAAGAUUGUGAUGAUAUCCAUCCACAAUUGUGUGCCUCUGCUGGCUUGUCUUUCGUUGCAGUGGCUGCCGCCUCUACAGUUAUUCCCAGAUUGGCCAUGCCCAAAAAAGUGUCCAUUAGUUCCAAACACACUUUCACGCCACACUCGUCAUUGGAUCACCCGUCAUCAGCAGACUUUAAACAUGGGAUGGUGUCGACAAUGCCUGCAACGUCCGUAUCAUCCUUACCGCCCUUGACGUCGAUGCUGCAACCCGGAUCGAUCCAGCUUGUCGGUCCUUUUCGUCUCCAUGUCGUCCUUAAGCAGGGGCGCGACUUGGCCGCCAAAGAUUCAUGCGGUACGAGCGAUCCUUACGUCAAGUUCAAGUUGGGUAACAAAGUGAUUUAUCGCUCGAAAACCAUCCACCGUGACUUGAAUCCGAUCUGGGAAGAAGAUUUCGAUAUCUACUUGGAUGAUCUCAAUACUCCUUUGCACAUACGAGUGUUUGACUACGAUUGGGGAGUGCAGGACGAUUUUCUGGGAGCAGCUACUUUUGAUUUGAACCAAUUAGAACUAAACAAAAUCAAUUUAUACUCGUUGGAUCUUUUCACUGACGAAAUGGACGGACGUCAGGGUAUCAUCGACUUGUCAAUAGCCCUCUAUCCGAAACUGUCCGAGGAUGACAGUGAUCAGAGACAUCCUUCAAAGAUUGCUGAUCAAGCUAAGAGACUCAAAGUUCAAAUCUGGUCAUCGAUCGUCAACAUUCUCAUCAUAGAAGGGCGACAUUUAACCGACAAAGAUGGCGAGCCUUUGAGUAAACCUUAUCUCCGCUUGCGGUUGGCCAACGAAAAGUACAAGACGAAAUCAGUGACGCGUAACUCCUCCAACACGAGCGUCACUUGGCUGGAGCAGUUUGAUUUCCACCUCUACGAGGACCAGUCACAUAUUCUUGAAAUCAAUUUGCACGAGAAGGAGUGGAAAGGUUCUCUAGGGAGGGAUGAGUCUGUCGCAAGAGCCGUCCUGGAUCUGGCAGGCGUGGAAGGGGAGCGGACGCAUUCAUUGAACUGUGAAUUUCAACAAGGAGGUUCUGGAUCUCUUUCGCUACUCAUCACCAUCAGCGGAACCACUGCCUCAGAAACAAUAUCGGAUUUGUCCAGCCAUCAAUCUGACACACAUGCCAAGGAAGUGGAAGUCAUGAAACAGCGUUAUAGUCUAUGGAGAACGCUUAACAACUUACGAGACGUGGGACACUUGAGCGUGAAAGUUUUCCGUGCAACUGGGUUAGCGUCGGCCGAUAUUGGUGGCAAAUCUGAUCCGUUUUGCGUACUUCAACUAGUCAAUUCACGAUUACAAACUCAAACAGAGUACAAAACAUUAAACCCGUCUUGGAACAAGAUAUUUACUUUUAACGUUAAGGACAUCAAUUCAGUUUUGCAAGUCACUGUUUACGACGAAGACCGAGACCACCGAUUUGAAUUUUUGGGUGCUGUUUCCAUACCUUUAUUGCGCAUUGGCAACGGUCAAAAAAGGUGGUACGCCCUUAAAGAUCGCAAAUUGCGCUUCAGAGCAAAAGGCAGUAAUCCGCAAGUUUUACUCGAGCUUAACGUCGUCUGGAAUGAAUUUCGUGCCACCAUACAAACUUUGCAACCGAAGGAGAAAAAGUACAUCGAGCCGGAAUUGAAAUUCAGUAGACACACCUUUGUCCGCAACGUGAUGCGAGUCAAAGCCGUUGUCAUGGAUUUGAUCGAGAUUGGCAAAUAUAUCGAGAGCAUCUGGGAAUGGGAAUCUACCACGCGCAGCUGCAUAGGCUUUGCCGUGUUUUUAGUCGUCACAUGGCAUUUUGAACCUUACGUUAUUCCUUUAAUGUUACUUCUAUUUUUUCUUCGGAAUUUUUUGAUCCGAUCAUUUACUCACGGCUAUGUUAGCGAAUAUCAAGAGAGUGAUAACGCGUCUGGCGAUGACGACGAUGAAGAAGCUGACGAUAAGAAUAAGGAAGAACGAAAGAGUUUGAAAGAGCGGCUUCACACAAUCCAGGAAGCGACUCUAACCGUCCAGAAUUCCAUUGGCUACUUGGCUUCGUUAUUUGAAAGCGUGAGAAACACCUUCAACUUUAGUGUACCUUUUCUUUCCUACUUGGCCAUAAUUUUAUUGAUUGCGUCAUGCAUUUUACUAUACACCGUUCCAUUACGAUUCCUCAUUCUUGGCUGGGGUGUCAACAAGUUUACGCGCAAGCUUUUCAGACCCCACAGCAUUCCUAAUAACGAAGCUCUCGAUUUCCUUAGCAGGGUUCCCGAUAACGAGCAACUGGCGGAUUAUCGUGAACUGCGGUUGGAUCUGCCAACGGACCACAGUGAUAAAUCAAACCGCAAAAUCACAAAGAAAAAAUAAGCUUUCACGUCGUUCCAUGUUUUUUCCCUCCUUUCAAUUUCGACGUUCCAAAUCUUCAUACCAUUUCAUU